GUAGAGAGGUGCGAGGCUUUUUUUUUCAGCGCUGCGGCGACGCAGAUGAAGUUAACUUUUUUGACGGGGGUAUUUUUUUUUCUUCUUCUUCACAGUUUUAGAGUAACAACCCGUAGAACACAUGUAGACGAGUAAUGGGGUUUUGUAAGUAGCCGCUGAAGCUGAUUUUGAACCACUUACAUUUCGCGUUAAUCCUCCGCUGAGACCUUUUUUUUGUAAAUUUUUUUUUUUUUGGAGAAGUAACCGUUGAAGGGGGACAGCUCAGCUUUUGGGCUGGCUGCCCUAUGUGGAUUUUACAGCAAAUAUGGAACACAUACCCGGUUUCUGCCUGGGCAAGGCCCUAGUCUUGGUCUUCUACUUCGCUCGGCUGACUCUUGGCCUGCAGUGUGUGGAUGAAAAGGCGCCUUGUAUUAACAACGCAACAUGCCUGACCUUUAAUAAUGGCACAGAAUACUGCAGAUGUGCUCCAGGUUUUUUGGGAGAGUACUGUCAGCACAAGGACCCCUGUCAACCAGGAUACUGCCUGAAUGGGGGGAACUGUUCUGUGUCCAUGUCAGCUGGGGUUCCUGUUCCCGGUAGCGCCUCCUGCACCUGUCCUCUCGGCUACACUGGACAGCACUGCCAAACUCCCCUAAACUCCACGUGUUAUCCAAACAACCCAUGUGCCAACAAGGGGGUCUGCACCCUGCUGUCCCUUGUCAAGUACAAGUGUGAGUGCACCAGAGGAUGGACAGGUCCACGCUGUGAGCAUGAGGACAGUUGUCUCUCCAGUCCCUGUGCCAACAGAGGAAGGUGCAGCUCUCUGCCUGGUGGCAGCUACACCUGUUCCUGCCUUGCCGGCUAUCAAGGCCCGCGCUGCCUUAAUGACACAAAUGAAUGUGCAGACACACCCUCUCCCUGCCAGAAUGAAGGCGAAUGUGUCAACACCCCUGGCUCUUACAAGUGUGUCUGUAAGCCAGGCUUCACGGGCCUUCAAUGUGAGAGUUCAUACAUCCCCUGCUCACCUUCGCCAUGUCUAAAUGGAGGCACCUGCCACCAGACAUCUGAAACCACCUACUCAUGUCACUGCCUUCCAGGUUUUAAUGGAACUAACUGUGAGAACAACAUUGACGACUGUCCUGGCCAUCAGUGUGCCAAUGGAGGAACAUGCAUAGAUGGAGUCAAUACCUACAACUGUCAAUGUCCUCCAGAGUGGACUGGUCAGCAUUGCACAGAGGACGUGGACGAGUGUCGGCUGCAGCCAAAUACUUGCCAGAAUGGCGGAACCUGUAGCAACUUGUUUGGUGGCUACGUCUGCGUGUGCGUCAACGGCUGGAGUGGCCCCGACUGCUCGGAGAACAUUGAUGACUGCGCCACAGCCGCAUGCAGCCAGGGCUCCACGUGUAUCGACCGUGUUGCGUCUUUUAUCUGUGUCUGUCCCCCAGGAAAGACAGGUUUGCUCUGCCAUAGAGACGAUGCCUGCAUCAGUAACCCCUGCAGAGAGGGCUCACAUUGCGACACCAACCCCAUCACUGGGAUGUUCAACUGUAACUGUCCACCGGGAUACAUAGGCAAUACCUGCAACAAAGACAGAGAUGAAUGCAGCAUUGGUCCUAACCCAUGUGAGCAUGGCGGUCAGUGUGUGAACACUGACGGCUCCUUCACUUGUAACUGUGUCAAAGGUUACUCAGGGCCUCGGUGUGAACAAGAUGUCAAUGAAUGUGCCUCCAACCCCUGCCUGAACGAUGGCACAUGUCUGGAUCGCAUCGGGGAAUACACCUGUAUCUGCAUGCCCGGAUUUGAGGGGACUCAUUGUGAGAUUGACGUGAAUGAGUGUUUGAGCUCUCCCUGUCUGAACCAGGGUAAAUGUGUGGACCAGGUCAGCCGUUUUGUUUGCCAGUGCCCAGCAGGUUUCAGCGGAGAUAUGUGCCAAAUAGACAUAGAUGAGUGCUCCAGUACGCCUUGUUUAAAUGGAGCCAAGUGUAUCGAUCGACCCAAUGGAUAUGAUUGUGAAUGUGCAGAAGGCUUCACUGGUCUGCUCUGUGAGGAGAACAUCGAUGACUGCGAUCCACCACCUUGUCAUCACGGUGUCUGUAAGGAUGGCAUUGCCACCUACUCUUGUGAUUGCUCCUCUGGCUACACAGGCUCCAUCUGCAACAUCCAGGUCCAGGAGUGCCUCAGCAACCCGUGCCAAAAUCGAGGGCGCUGCAUCGACUUGGUUGAUGCGUACCAGUGUAACUGUCCAUCAGGGACCUCAGGUGUGAACUGUGAGAUCAAUGAGAAUGACUGUGCCAGCAACCCUUGUAAGCAUGGAGAAUGCCAAGAUGGCAUCAAUGAGUACAAAUGUGUGUGUUCCCCUGGAUACACAGGAGAUCAGUGUGAUGUCAACAUCAAUGAGUGUAACUCAAACCCAUGCAUGAGUGGGGGAACCUGUGUGGACAUCGUGAAUGGGUUCCAGUGCCUGUGCCCACCCGGCACCUACGGCCCGCUGUGCCUGUCAGGAUCUGAUCACUGUGCUUCCCAGCCUUGUGUUCAAGGAGAUUGCAUCGAGCAGCAACACGGGUACCGAUGCGAGUGCAAGCCCGGUUGGGUCGGGCAACACUGUGAGCAGCAGAAGAACGACUGUCUGCUGAAUCCUUGCUUAAAUGGGGCCAUCUGCCAGGAUCUGCUCAAUGGCUACACCUGUCAAUGCAAACCAGGAUUCAGAGGGGUGAACUGUGAGAAGAAUAUAGAUGAGUGUGCGUCAGGGCCAUGUCUGAACCACGGCAUUUGUAGAGAUGGAAUCAACAGUUACACGUGUCAGUGUCAUCCUCCGUUCACAGGAAAACACUGUGAGGUGGAGCAAGUUCCUUGUGCCUCCCAUCCAUGUGAGAAGGGAGGGGUUUGCCUCCCGUCUCAAGAUUACACCUCUUAUACCUGCCGAUGUCGCCCUGGCUGGCAAGGAAAACACUGCAAUGAAGACUUGAAUGAAUGCAUGACGAACCCCUGCCUGAACGGUGGCCGCUGCAUUAACACCCCAGGAAGCUACGUGUGUCAAUGUCAACGUGGAUACAGUGGACACAACUGUCAGAUAAACGUAGAUGACUGCUCACCAAACCCCUGCCUGAAUGGAGGCCAGUGUGUGGACAAAGUGGCGAGUUUCUCCUGUGAUUGCCGCGCGGGUUUUGAAGGGGAUCGCUGUGAGACCGAUGUGAAUGAAUGCGCCAGCGAGCCCUGCAGGAAUGGAGGCGUCUGCCAGGACUACGUGAACAGCUUCGUGUGCAGGUGCCUGCCGGGCUUCAAUGGAAUCCAGUGUGAACACAACAUUCUUGAAUGCACAGAGAGCUCCUGCCUCAAUAACGGAACUUGCAUUGAUGACAUUAAUACCUUUUCCUGCCGCUGCCGGCACGGUUUUUACGGAACGUUCUGUGAGUUUGAGCACAACGAAUGUGAUUCUCAGCCCUGUGAACAUGGAGGCACUUGCACAGACGGCCUGGGGACUUACCGCUGCACCUGUCCUGUGGGAUACAGCGGACAGAACUGUCAGAACUAUGUAAACUUGUGCACCCAGGUGAAAUGUAAGAACGGUGGCACCUGCUCUCAGACAGCUACAUCCUGGACCUGCCGCUGUCCGAUGGGGUGGACAGGACUUUACUGCGAUGUCCCCAACAUGUCCUGUCAAGACUAUGCUGCCAGGAGCGGUUUGGUGGUGGAACGUGUAUGUAAGAAUGCGGGUCACUGUGUUAACGUGGGGAACUCCCAUCAGUGCAAGUGCCAGUCAGGAUACACUGGCAGCUACUGUGAGGAGAUGGUGGACGAGUGUCAGUCGAAUCCCUGUAGAAAUGGCGCUACAUGCAAGGAUUAUCAGGGCACAUACGAAUGUGUAUGUAAACCAGGCUUCCAAGGAGUGAACUGUGAGUAUGACGUUGACGAAUGUCACUCUAAGCCCUGCCUCAACGGAGGAAGAUGUAUCAACCUCAUCAACCGCUUUACAUGUAUCUGCCCACCAGGAACACACGGAGUCCAAUGUGAGGUGAAUGAGGAUGACUGCGCCCCCAGCCCAGGCUCCUCUGAGCCGCGCUGCAGAAACGGAGGACAGUGUGUUGACGGCGUGGGCCGUUACACCUGCUCCUGUCCUCCGGGGUUCGUCGGGGAACACUGCGAGGGCGACGUCAAUGAAUGCCAGUCUGGACCCUGUAGUGCUGCUGGCAGCCUCGACUGCAUCGAGCUGGUCAAUGAUUAUCAGUGUCUCUGUCGCCUUGGAUACACAGGUCGCCAUUGUGAAUCCAUGGUGGAUCUGUGCGUGUCGAAGCCAUGCCGUAACGGCGGCGUUUGCACCAUGAACAUGAGCUCAGUACACGGCUACGCCUGCACUUGCCCCACUGGCUUUUCUGGAUUCAGCUGUGGUGAAAUAGAGGAUUUCAACUGUGCAAGACUGAGCUGCCAAAACGGCGGCCGCUGCAUGAAGUCACCAGUAGGACAACUGUAUUGCCAGUGCCAGCCGGGCUUCAGUGGGUCACACUGUGAGAAGGAGCAGAUGUGCUCAGUGCCCUGCCAGAACGGAGGCGUCUGUGUCAAAGACCCAUCCAACCCUUUUCUGCACAGCUGCCGGUGUCCCGACAACUUCUUCGGACGAUUCUGUGAGAAAAAAGCACGUGUGCGUGGGCCUCUGAGAUGCCCUUAUGUACAGUGUGAGGCACGACUAAAGGAUAACGUGUGUGACGAGCAAUGCAACAACCAUGAAUGCCAGUGGGAUGGAGGCGAUUGCUCGCUCAACUGGCCGCAGCCGUGGGCCAACUGCACAGCCAGUGUUCCCUGCUGGGAUCUCUUUAAGAACGGACAGUGUGACAAGGAGUGUGACAACCCUGGUUGUCUCUUUGACAGCUUUGAAUGCAUGGAGGUCCACACAAGCCCAUGCAAGUAUGACAUGUACUGCAAAGACCACUUUGGAAAUGGUGUCUGUGACCAGAGCUGCUACACAGAGGCCUGUGGAUGGGACGGACUGGACUGCUCUAACAAUGUACCGGCUGAUUUGGCAGCCGGCACGCUGGUCAUUGUGGUCCUGCUGCAGCCAGACGAGCUGCUUAGAGACCUGAAGGCUUUCCUGCGCUCCCUGGGAGCCCUGCUCCACACCAACGUGAGGGUGAGGCUGAACGAGAACAAGAAGCCGAUGGUGUACCCUUACUUUGGAGAGCAGAGACAGACUGACCAAAGCAGAAGCAAGCGGGAGCUGGCCAGAGAGAUUAUUGGCUCUGAGGUGCACCUGGACAUCGAUAACCGUGAAUGCUCCAAGAGCUCCACCUCCAACUGCUUCUCCAACACUUCUACAGCCGCCUCCUUUAUUGCAGCGGCUCACAUCAAGGCAGACCUGCCUUACCCACUGGUGUCUGUUAAGAGUUCUCCAACAGAGGAGGAGUCCUCGAUAUAUAAGUACCUGAUUGGAGUUGCUGCUUUCAUCGUUCUGCUGAUUCUGGUGCUGGGGAUGCUGGCAGCCAAGAAGAAACAUAAACAUGGCGUUCUGUGGCUGCCCGAUGGCUUCCUGGCCACUAAAAAUGACAAGAGGAGAGAGCCUGUUGGACAGGACGACUUUGACAUGAAGAAUUUCAAGACCCAUGAUGGAAGCAUGGCUGAUGGAGGUCAGAGUCAGAGAUGGCUCGAUGAUGAAACUCCAUCCAAAAAGCCAAGAACUGAAGACAAGCCUCUACUUUCCAUCCCAAUGGAUGGAGGCAUCGACCGUAGAGAGUGGACCCUGCAGCAUCGCAAAGCUGCAGACAUCACUCUCACUCCUCCCCAGGCUGACUUAGAUGCUGACUGUUUGGAUGUUAAUGUCAAAGGACCUGAUGGCUUCACCCCUCUGAUGGUGGCGUCCCUGCGUAACGGUGGAGGUCCGGACUGCAGCCUGCAUGGAGACGAGGAAGACGAGAGCGGAGGAGACGAACCGGGACCGAGUGUCAUUUCAGAUCUGAUCGCCCAGGGCGCGAAUCUGAUGGCUCAGACUGACCGCACAGGCGAAACCGCUCUCCACCUGGCCGCCCGCUACGCCCGGGCCGACGCCGCCAAAAGACUGCUGGACGCCGGAGCGGAUCCCAACGCUCAUGACAACAUGGGCAGAACCCCGCUUCACGCCGCCGUGGCAGCCGACGCACAAGGAGUCUUUCAGAUUCUGAUCCGUAACCGCGCCACAGAACUGGACGCCAGGAUGAACGACGGUACGACACCGCUGAUCCUGGCAGCACGGCUCGCUGUGGAGGGCAUGGUAGAAGAGCUGAUCCACUGCCACGCCGACAUCAAUGCUGUAGAUGACCACGGUAAAUCUGCUUUGCACUGGGCAGCUGCAGUUAACAAUGUGGAGGCUACUCUUGUACUUCUGAAGAAUGGAGCCAACCGCGACAUGCAAGACAAUAAGGAGGAGACUCCCUUGUUCCUCGCAGCACGAGAAGGCAGCUUUGAGGCGGCUCAGGUUCUUCUCGAUCACUACUCCAACCGCGACAUCACCGAUCACCUGGACCGGCUGCCCCGCGACACGGCUCAAGAGCGCAUGCACCAUGACAUAGUCCGCCUGCUGGACCAGUACAACCUGGUUCACAGCCCACACAAUGGUCCCAACCACAUGGGUGGAGGUGGAAACUCUGUGAUGUGUGGGGCAAACGGUGGAGGCUUCAUCGGCAUGCGGCCUGGACCCCAAGGCAAGAAGAGCAGAAGCAGAGGAGCUGGGGCGAAGGCCGGGGGAGUCGGCGGGGGGCCAAAGGAGCUAAAAGACAUCAAAGUAAAGAGAAGGAAGAAACCUGCUGGAGGAGAGGGUCCGGGUCUGGCUGCGGCAGGUGGAGGAGGCGCAGGAGGUGCAGGCGGAGGCAGCACUAAUGGAGUAAAGGCAGCAGGAGCGCUUCCUCCGGAGAGCUCGGUCACCAUGUCGCCUGUCGACUCCCUGGAGUCGCCUCACUCCUACGCAGGCGACGUGUCCGCCGCAGGCUCCAACACUGCCAACUCUCCUCCCCUCCUGAGCAGUCCCACGUCCAGAGCAAUGCUGCCCCCGGUUAGCCACAUGCUGGGGCAGCAGCAGGGCUGGGGGGGAGUGGCCAAGCACGGCUACAACGGUCACAUGUUCGGUCUCCUCCAGCACGGCAUGAGAGGAGGGCAUCCCGGCAUGAGCCACGGCCAGGGCACCAUGAUGACCCCCAUGAACGUCACCAUGAUCAGGGAGCAGCUGCCCCCCAUCGUCACCUUCCAGAUGGUUCCCACAGGAACGGGCCAGGCCAUGCUGAAGCAGCCCCAAUCAGGGCAGGUACAAGUUAGCCAGAGCCAGGGCCAGAACCAGAGUCUGUGUCACACCCAGCCAGUACCGGGACACGUCCACUGCAGCCAGGGGAUGAUCUACCCGGACCAGAUGAAUGUGGUGCAGGGCCCCUCCCACACCCUGCAGCAUCCCCACAACAUCAGCCACCCCAACGGGAUGGAGGGCCAGUCUCGACCGCUGCCGCCCUACACGCCCAUGCAAAGCCCGGUGGAUAAAUACCCUACCCCUCCCUCCCAGCACAGCCAUGUCCCCGCUGGGUCAGAGGGCACCACCCCGGGCCACUCCACCCACCCACAGAACGAGCACCCGUACCUCACCCCCUCCCCCGAAUCCCCGGACCCUUGGUCCUCCUCCUCUCCACACUCUAACUCGGACUGGUCUGACGUCACCACUAGCCCCACCCCGCUGGGGAACUCCCACCACGCACUGCCAUCAUCACGCCACACACACAUUCCAGAGCAGGCGCAGAUGCAGCCGCCGUCGCAGCAGAUGCAGCCGCCUGCGCAGCAACCUCAGCUCGGAAACAUGCAGGUGUUUGCAUGAAGGCGCCAGAGGAGAGCAGAAACAGACUGACUCAGAAAACACACACCCAGUGCCUUUUUCGUACACUCUCUGUCCUCUAAAAUCCUAGUCACCCACCUCCCCUUCUGUUUCCAACUAAGACAACAGUUUAUAGUUUGUGUCGUGUAAUUUGGUACUUUCAGCCAAAAUCACAUUCUCUGGAGCAGAAGCUUGGCUCUAAAAACUUUUCCAUAUAUUUACAUUCAUCAGCCAAGACUUUUCCUCUAAAUUUGGAACCAAAUUUGCACAAUAAUAACCACUGCUACGUCAUCCAGGUGCAUCACGAACUGGUUUUGCAAUUCCCGAGGGAUCACGAAGAAAAACUGUUGAAUAGAAGAAGUUCAGCUCUACUUGCUUAAACAACAGAAAAAUGAGACAGUUCAUCAGAAAUCCUCCACACUGACACUCUAUUUCUAUUCUCCAAAAGUCUGUUAAAUCUGUUCGCAAGAUGCUACCUUUAUGUGUUCUUCAGUGUUAUAAACUUGCCGAUACUAACUUCUGGUUGACACGUUCACUCUAAAUCUUUUAAUUUAACGAGUCUCAAUCAGCUGAUGCUUUCAUUAACUAAAAAAACUGCUUGUUGGUUCCUCUUUUGUUGUUGUUGUUGUUUUUUUAUUCCUGUUUAUUGUGCCAAUGGCGAGGUUUUUAGCUUUUGUUGUAUAAUAGUUUUACAUUUUCUGUCUGUUCAAGUACAUCGAAGUUCUUCAAAUGGGGAUUUACAGUCAAAAGCAGGUGUUGAGAUAUUUAUGUUUUGUCCGUUUCCACUCUUGAGAAGUAUCGGAGGGAUUCAUUCUGUUGCUAUAAAGCCGUUUGUGUUGGUUUUGUCCGUCGUUGCCGUCUCCAUUGCUAUUAUUCUGUAAGAAGAAAUGUACAUACACUUAAAGCAAUUUCUGCUUGUUUUAGUUGAGGUAAAUGUGGUGUUGUUGCCUUCUUAAAGUGCCUGUUUUUUUAUAUAAAUAUCUGCACUUCCUGAAUGAUUUUGAAUGUUACAAAGGUGUAUGUUUUUACCGUUAAACUGCUCUACGCAGUUGUCUUCCAAAAAUGUGUAAGAUUUGUUUAUCUACAAUCAAUGUUUGUCAUAAUUCAUAACCAAGUCUGACCACAAGCAGUAAAAUAUGUUUUUUGUUGUUGUUUUCUGUCCUCUGUCUCAAAGCAGAUGGUGAGUAUCGUUUCUGCUCUGUCAGACAAUCAUAAAAUUGUUGAUUAUUUUCAAAAAGGAGUGGGAGACCAAAUUGUGUUUUGUUUAGCCAAAAUUGCUCACCGUGUACAUAUAUUUGUUGCUUUAGAAAGUUUUGCAUCUGCUCAACGGUAAGAGACGGAGUGCUUAUGUCCUGCACCAGCUGAAACGUCGAAUCACCGUCAGUGAGGUCGAGCUGAUCAAUAUUCCCGACCUUCACCUCCGUUUCUGUACACCCAGUCUCUUUAGUUUCACAAACCCAUGUACUGUACAAUGAGAUGUCAGUCUGUAUUUUUCAUAGUCAUAAUCAUCUGGUACCUAUUCAAGGCUGUCUGCUUUGUGUAUAUAAAAUGUUUUUUUGUAUGUUUACCAUUCUUUUUUAUGUUAACCAAAUAGCCUAUAUUAUCCAUGCAGUAUGAAGUAGUUGUCACCAUGUUUUGUUAAAUGUAGAACCAACUUCGAUUCAGGAGGUAAUCUGUUCAGAAAAAAAACAAUAAUGAACCAAAUGUGUUUACUUAAAUAAAGCCCUGAUCUUCAUAGA